UUACAUGAGGGAGAACUUAAAAUAACGUAUUUGUCGAUUGUUGUCGACCAAACUUUGCAAAUAAAUAACUACCAUUAUCUAGUACUUAAGUAGUGUGUUUAUGAGAAUAUAAGAAGAGACUAGAGACUGACAUUUAUCUGCGUUUCCUGAGGUCACCAGGGAGUAUAAAGUACCUAGCUGGCUGUCGGAGGUCAAGUUUGGUUCUACAAGCUACCCGAGGCGUAUCAAGCUAGCUAGUUGACUGCCACAAAACACGAAGUCAGUUUCCCACGAAAGCGUAUUCCACACAACGCAAAUUAAAGAAAGACGCCGGUCUGAAACAGGGCAUCAUGGCAGAUGAUCUUGAUAUUGAGGCUAUGCUGGAAGCUCCUUACAAGAAGACUUGCCUAAUGAUAUCUCACCUCUACUCCCCUGAAUACACCUUUGAUUCCAGUGUGAACUGUGAAAAAAAGUAAGGUAGUAAUUGCGCAAUGUAUUGAUGUACCUGUGAUCCCUUAGGUAAAAAAAAGACCCUCAUCUUAGAACAUCCUAUCACCUGUUCGGUCACAACAAGGUGAAUGCCACUGGAUGAACCAGCGCAUAAUCUGACACGAAGCAGAGACAGUAUUCACAUUUUUUCUACUGACAUGCUCAACAUUCAACUUGGGUGUGUUUCUGUUUUGCUAACCAUUCAUUCGCAUAACUAUAAUCACAUACAACUCUGUGACUUAAUCUUAUACAUGUAACCGAUUUUUUCCCCUUAAUGUGAUUCUACACUACUGUCUUGACAAACUAUGGAGAUAAAAAAAAAAAAAGGAAAGAAAUCUCAACUUUGCCGACAGUACCUUUUAAAAUAUGAAUACUGUCUCUCUCCCCAAGUCUUUUGUGAUGGUCUCCAAUUCGUAAAAGUCAGCAUCUUGUUUUUUGCAUGCCCUUUAACACUAGAAAUACGGCAACAAGCUCAUUUUCUUAAUACAGUUUAUUACCAUUAUGUGCAUUUAUGAAAAAAAAAACCUCAUUAGACAUGUCUGUCACAAACUUAAUGAUUUCCAUAAGUUUUACUAUUUGCUGUGUAUAAUCUCCCUUUCAAACAUAGACAUUAUUUAAUUGAAGAAAAAAUAAAACAUGCCUAAUAUGGAUCAUAUCCAUUCAACUGGCACACAAGAAAAAAAGAAAGAAAUCCUAGGCAAUGAGGUUUUACAGUAGCAUUUGGCUUUCUUUUGAUGCCAUGUCUUUUUUGGGGGGACCGAUAUGACUAAGCCGUCUAAAUCCCUGUUUGCUUCAGGACGAGAUGUGAGACAGAGAUGCCAUCCAGCUCUCACAGUCCAACAGCGAAAAUGGGAUGACACGAAGUCCUCUAGUGCAAAUGGCCAUGAGGAACGGAGUAAGAAGAAAAAGCGAAGCCGGAGCAGGAGCCGCAGCAGGAGUCUGGAGCGUCGAAGGAGCAGGAGCAGGGACCGCAAGAAGAGCCGCGACCGUCGCAAGAGCAGGAGUCGUGAGCGCAAACGGUCCCGUAGCAGAGAUAGGAGACGUUCGCACAGCCGAGAACGGGCCGGACGGUACCGAGGACGUAGGAGUCCCUUCUUGGGGCCGAAAUUUAACGGUGGUCCUGGAGGGAAGACUGGCCCACCACAUGCCACUAAGCUAAGUGGCAGACGCUCCCGAAGCCGAAGUCCCUUCAGGAAAGACAAAAGCCCUGUCCGGCAACCCAUAGAUAACAUCAGUCCAGAGGAGAGAGACGCUCGCACCGUGUUCUGCAUGCAGUUAGCUGCCCGAAUCCGACCCAGAGACCUGGAGGAUUUCUUCUCCGCCGUGGGAAAAGUGCGCGAUGUGCGGAUGAUAUCGGACAGGAACUCGAGGAGGUCAAAGGGCAUUGCCUACGUUGAGUUCGUGGAUGUGAAUUCUGUUCCUCUGGCCAUUGGGUUGACAGGACAGAGGCUGCUGGGAGUGCCUAUCAUUGUCCAAGCGUCACAGGCGGAGAAGAACAGAGCGGCUGCGUUGGCCAAUAACCUGCAGAAGGGCAGCUCAGGGCCUAUGCGUCUGUAUGUGGGCUCUCUUCACUUUAACAUCACAGAGGACAUGCUGAGGGGCAUCUUUGAGCCAUUCGGCAGGAUCGAGAGUAUACAGCUCAUGAUGGACAGUGAAACUGGAAGAUCUAAAGGCUACGGCUUCAUAUCAUUUGCAGAUGCUGAGUGUGCGAAGAAGGCUCUGGAGCAGCUGAACGGGUUUGAGCUUGCCGGGCGGCCGAUGAAGGUGGGUCAUGUAACAGAACGAACAGACGCCUCAACGGCCAGCUCGUUCCUGGACAACGAUGAGCUGGAGCGGACUGGCAUUGACCUGGGCACCACGGGCCGGCUACAGCUCAUGGCACGGCUGGCAGAGGGUACAGGUUUGCAGAUUCCUCCUGCAGCCCAGCAGGCUUUGCAAAUGAGUGGCUCUAUUCCAUUUGGGAACCUGGCAGCUGUCACAGCUGCAGCCACGCCCGCCUUGACCCUGAACCCUGGGAUGAAUCAAGCACUGAACCUUCCCACCCAACCACUGGCCACACACUGUCUCCAGCUCUCCAACAUGUUCAACCCACAGUCGGAGAAUGAGCCAGGCUGGGACACGGAGAUCCAAGAUGAUGUAAUCGAGGAAUGCAACAAACAUGGGGGCAUUGUUCACAUAUACGUCGACAAAAACUCACCACAGGGUAACGUCUAUGUCAAAUGCCCAACUAUCCCCACAGCCAUGGCUGCUGUGAAUGCUUUACAUGGACGAUGGUUUGCAGGUAAAAUGAUCACAGCUGCCUACGUGCCCCUCCCGACCUAUCACAACCUGUUCCCAGACUCAGUCACAGCCACACAGCUACUCAAGCCCACGCGUCGAUGAUCUCAUCCAUAUCUGACUUGGCCUCCCACUGUACGGCCCCACCCUUCCGCUCAGUCAGUUGCUCGUCUGGCUUGGCCUGGGAGUGUACGUAGUUUGGCAGAUGUUUUUUGCCGACACACCUGGCCUAUGCUCCAGCUUCAGUUCUCUACUCCAGCACUGAGUCCACUCAGUCUUGGGCUUUGUACCGAUUUUCAGGCCGUUAUUUAAUAAGUUCUCAGACAAGACUUGUAAUAAGUCUGUGUGCUGUGCAGGUUAUGAAAGCUGGAAAAACCUGCACGAACACACACACACACACACACACAUACACACAUGAACACAUUUCUCCCCUGGGAUCAGACUUAGUCCUCCAACCGGUUUUGAAGGAGAUUUCAGUGUUUUUAAAGUUUUGACUUUCAUCAGAAGCAAGGCCUCAGUUUCUCUCUCUUUUUCCCCCUUAAUUUCCUUUGUUCGGUUCAUCCUCACAUAGUGUGUUUGAACAUGUCAAGUGAAAGGAAAUAGCUGCAGCUUUGAUUCUCUCAUCUUCUGAACGUUAGACAUCGUGUUGUGACUUCUAGACUUCUGCAGUUUUGUCCAUUUGAGCUUUGCGUUAGAAGCAUCCAGACCCCCACCCUCACCAAAAAAAAAGGAAAGAACUUGAGUUGUUUUGUUUCCACUUUCUACAGGAGCUACUCAGUUGCCACCAACCAUUUUGCAUUUAUAACUUUUUGUAAUCAAGAUGUAAUUUGAUUUUGUAAAGAAACUCUUGAUUAAAGUUACUUUGAAAAGAA